AUGGCAGAGGAAAAUGGCUUUGGUGGCAAUACAAGUAUGGAUGAAAAUGAAGCACCACCAUCAGAAAGCAAAGCACAAAAAGCAAGCAGAAGCUGCAGCAUCACUGAAAUACAGGAAGACUCGAAGGAGAAGACCAAAGGAAAUGAGAUUGUUCCAUUUCACAAGCUGUUUUCAUUUGCAGAUUCAACUGAUAUCUUGUUGAUGACCAUAGGAACAGUUGGUGCCAUUGGAAAUGGGUUGUGUAUGCCCAUUAUGACUAUACUCUUUGGCCAAUUGACUGAUUCUUUUGGAUAUAGCGACAAUAGCAAAGACAUAGUUCAUGCUGUUUCCAAGGUCUCUCUAAGAUAUGUCUACUUGGCUUUGGGGGCUGGUGUUGCAGCAUUCCUUCAGGUAGCUUGCUGGAUGGCCACAGGGGAGCGACAGGCGGCACGAAUAAGGAGUUUGUACCUGAAAACCAUAUUAAGGCAAGAAGUAGCUUUCUUUGAUAUGGAAACAAACACCGGAGAGGUUGUUGGGAGGAUGUCUGGUGAUACUGUCUUGAUACAAGAUGCAAUGGGCGAAAAGGUUGGAAAGUUUAUACAACUCAUAUCGACAUUCAUUGGAGGCAUUGUGAUAGCAUUCAUCAGAGGGUGGCUUCUAACACUCGUCUUGAUGUCCACUAUUCCACUUCUUGUGGCAGCCGGAGCAGUAAUGUCCAUUAUCAUAGUCAAAAUGGCUUCCAGAGGACAAAAUGCCUAUGCGAAAGCUGCAACUGUAGUUGAACAAACAAUCAGCUCAAUCAGAACUGUUGCUUCAUUUACCGGAGAGACACAAGCUAUAACCAACUAUAAGAGAUAUCUUGUAGAUGCUUACAAGUCUGGUGUUCAUGAAGGCUUGGCAGCCGGAUUAGGUUUUGGCAUGUUUAUGUUGGUUAUGUUAUCCAGUUAUGGUCUGGCUACAUGGUUUGGUGCAAAAAUGGUAUUGGAAAGAGGAUAUAAAGGGGGUGCUGUGGUCAAUGUGAUUGUAGCUGUGAUGGCUGGUUCCAUGUCUCUAGGCCAGGCAUCUCCCUGUGUGAGUGCAUUUGCUGCUGGUCAAGCUGCAGCCUUUAAAAUGUUUGAGACUAUCAAGAGGAAACCAGAGAUAGAUUCUUGUGAUACAAAAGGAAUGGUAUUGGAUGACAUUCAUGGUGAUAUAGAGCUGAGAGACAUUUACUUCAGUUAUCCAACCAGACCGAAUGAACAAAUAUUCCAUGGAUUGACAGUGAGUAUCCCUAGCGGCACAACCACCGCUUUGGUGGGGCAAAGUGGAAGCGGAAAGUCUACAGUGAUCUGCCUGAUUGAGAGAUUCUAUGAUCCACAGGCUGGUGAAGUUCUAAUAGAUGGUAUCAACCUCAGAGACUUUCAGCUUAAAUGGAUCAGAGGAAAAAUUGGUCUUGUCAGCCAGGAACCGGUGUUGUUUGCAUCGAGCAUCAGGGACAAUAUUUCAUAUGGAAAGUAUGGUGCAACUUCUGAAGAGAUUAGAGCAGCAGUAGUUCUUGCAAAUGCUGCUAAGUUUAUUGACAAAUUGCCUCAGGGACUGGACACCAUGGUUGGGGAACAUGGGAUUCAGCUGUCUGGUGGACAGAAGCAGAGGAUUGCUAUAGCUAGAGCAGUUCUCAAAGACCCGCGAAUAUUACUUCUAGAUGAAGCUACAAGUGCACUGGAUGCAGAAACCGAGAAAAUUGUACAAGAGACAUUGAACAGGAUAAUGGUCAAUCGAACUACUCUCAUUGUUGCUCAUCGUUUGAGCACAGUGAGGAAUGCUGAUAUCAUUGCUGUUCUUCAUAAAGGAAAGGUGGUUGAGAAAGGUCCACACUCAGAACUAGUUAGGGAUCCUAAUGGAGCCUACUCUCAGCUUAUACACUUGCAAGAGCUAAGUGAAGCCACAGAACAGGCUGCAGACUAUUCAAGGAAGUCAGAAAUUAGUUCAGAAUCUCUUAGGAAGAUAAGUAAAAAGAAGUCAUUUCAACGAUCCUUAAGCCAUGAUUCCUCUGGAGCAGGAAGUAGCAGCCACCAUUCAUUCAAACUACCAUUCGGUUUUCCCACAGGACAUGAGAUAGUAGAUACUUUUACAGAAGAACCAGGUACAACAACUAUGCAACAAUCACAAAAGGCUCCUAUCCGCCGCCUUGCCUACCUUAACAAGCCCGAGAUUCCAGUGCUAGUAAUUGGAGCUACAGCUGCAAUAGCCAAUGGUGUGAUAUUUCCAAUUGUUGGUUUAAUAAUUUCCAGUGCCAUCAAAACGUUGUAUGAACCACCUGAUCAACUCAAAAAGGAUUCUAAGUUUUGGGCACUAAUGUAUGUGACCCUUGGUCUGGCUUCCUUACUGGUGAUUCCAGUAAGAUCAUACUUCUUUUCAGUGGCUGGAUGCAAACUAGUCGAACGUAUUAGAUUGAUGUGUUUCACAAAGGUGGUUCACAUGGAGGUUGGAUGGUUUGAUGAGCCUCGAAGUGGGGAAAUUGGUGCAAAGCUCUCGGCAAAUGCAGCCACUGUGCGCUGCCUAGUUGGUGAUGCACUCGCUCAGGUGAUUGGAAAUAUUGCAACAGCAGUCGCCGGUUUAGUGAUUGCUUUUGUUGCAUGUUGGCAGAUGGCAUUUAUUGUCCUGGUAUUGUUUCCUCUUAUUGGUGUCACAGGAUAUAUGGAACUAAAAUUCAUAAAAGGGUUCAGCGCAGAUUCAAAGAUGAUGUAUGAGGAAGCAAGCCAGAUUGCUACUGAUGCAGUUGGGAGUAUAAGAACAGUUGCUUCAUUCUGUGCCGAAGAGAAGGUGAUGCAACUAUACAACACAAAAUGUGAAGGCCCUAUGAGAACUGGGAUUAGGCAAGGAAUUAUCAGUGGCAUAGGAUUUGGUUUAUCGUUCUUCUUGAUGUUUUCUGUCUACGCAACAAGUUUUUAUGCUGGAGCUCAACUUGUGGUGCAUGGCAAAACAACAUUCUUAGAUGUUUUUCGGGUUUUCUUUUCUCUAACUAUGGCCGCUAUGACGAUUUCCCAAUCGAGCUCCUUAGCUCCUGAUUCAUCUAAAGCAAACGCUGCUACUGCUUCUAUCUUUGCCAUAUUAGAUCAGAAGUCAAAGAUUGAUCCGAGUGAUGAGUCUGGGAUGACAAUGGACAAUGUAAAGGGAGAUAUUGAGCUUCGUAAUGUAUGCUUCAACUAUCCGUCCAGGCCAGACGUUCAGGUUUUUCAAGACCUCAACCUGGUCAUUCAUUCUGGCAAGACAGUUGCCUUGGUUGGAGAAAGUGGGAGUGGGAAAUCCACUGUGAUCUCACUAUUGCAAAGAUUCUAUGAUCCUAACUCGGGUCACAUUACACUCGAUGGUGUUGAAAUUCGGAAGUUCCAUUUGAAGUGGCUGAGGCAGCAAAUGGGACUUGUGAUCCAAGAACCAGUUUUGUUUAACGAUACAAUCCGUGCCAACAUUGCAUAUGGAAAGGAAGGAAAUGCAACAGAAGCUGAAAUAUUGGCUGCAUCUGAAUCCGCCAAUGCUCACACAUUCAUUAGUGGUUUACAAGAGGGUUAUGACACCAUCGUGGGGGAACGAGGAGUCCAAUUGUCAGGUGGACAGAAGCAACGUGUAGCGAUUGCGCGUGCUAUAAUUAAAAGCCCCAGGAUCGUACUACUAGAUGAGGCUACUAGCGCACUAGAUGCUGAAUCUGAGAGAGUGGUACAAGAUGCAUUGGACCUUGUCAUGCUAAACCGGACAACAGUUGUGGUGGCACAUAGAUUAUCUACAAUCAGAAAUGCAAACGUUAUUGCAGUUGUGAAAGACGGAGCUGUAGUAGAGAAAGGAAAGCAUGAGACUUUGAUAAGCAUCAAGGAUGGUUUCUAUGCAUCCUUAGUUGCAUUACACAAUACACACCAAGACUAG